AUGAUCUGGAACCAGAGCCUGGACGUGCCCUUGCAGGGCUCUUUCAUCCUGCUGGGCUUCCCAGGUCCACCGAGUCUGCACAUCGGGCUCUUUUUGCUCUUCCUAGUCAUGUAUGUGCUUACAGUGGCUGGGAACCUCGCCAUCAUCUCCCUUGUUGGGGCACACCAGCACCUUCGAACACCUAUGUACUUCUUCCUCUGCAAUCUCUCCUUCCUGGAAAUCUGGUUCACUACAGCCUGUGUGCCUAAGACCCUGGCCACUUUUGCUUCCCAGAAUGGAGCCAUCUCUUGGGCUGGCUGUGCCACACAGAUGUACUUUGUCUUCUCCCUGGGCUGCACUGAGUAUUUCCUGCUGGCUGUUAUGGCUUAUGAUCGCUACCUAGCCAUCUGUCUGCCACUGCGCUAUGUUGGCAUCAUGACGCCUGCCCUGGCAGUGCAGCUUGCCCUGGCCUCCUGGCUGUGUGGCUUCUCUGUCAUCAGUGUACCUGUUACUCUCAUCACGCGCCUCUCCUUCUGUGGCUCUCGAGUCAUCAACCACUUCUUCUGUGACAUCGCACCCUGGAUUGUGCUGUCCUGCACUGACACCCGGGUGGUGGAGCUGACAUCCUUUGGCAUUGCCUUCUGUGUCAUCCUGGGCUCUUGUGGCAUUACACUGGUCUCCUAUGUUUAUAUCAUUGUCACCAUUGUCAGGAUCCCCUCCAACCAGGGCCGUCACCGUGCAUUCUCCACCUGUUCAUCCCAUCUCACAGUGGUGCUCAUCUGGUAUGGUUCCACUAUCUUCCUGCAUGUGAGGACCUCGGUGGAGAGCUCUUUGGACCUGACCAAGGUCGUCACGGUGCUCAACACCAUUGUCACACCAGUGCUGAAUCCCUUCAUUUACACUCUGAGGAACAAGGAUGUGAAGGAGGCUCUGUGUAGGAUGGUGAAGAGGAGGUGA